AAUGACGGCCUGGGAACAGUGGGUUAACUGCCUGUUCAGGGGCAGAACAACAGAUUUGUACCUUGUCAACUCGGAGGUUUGAACUCGCAACCUUCCGGUUACUAGUCCAACACUCUAACCACUAGGCGACACUGCCGCCCCAUGCCGAGCAGCCUCACACAAGCCUAAGAUCACUAUGCACAAUGUCAAGCAUUUGCUGGAGGGGUGUAGCUCGCUGCCAUUGGACUCUGAAGCAGUGGAAACGUGUUCUCUGGAGUGAUGAAUCAUGCUUCACCAUCUGGCAGUCUGACAGAUGAAUCUGUGUUUGGCCAAUGCCAGGAGAACGCUACCUGCCAUAAUGCAUAGUGCCAACUGUAAAGCUUGGUGGAGGAGGAAUAAUGGUCUGGGGUUUCCCGGGGACACAUGCUGGAGAGAAUACAAGACGUCAGCUAAUCAUACCAUCAUGAAUAACAUCAAGUCGGCAUCUCGGAGAGGAGUGAAGAAGCCUGGGAGGGGAGUAGGCACUGCUUCAACCAACGUAACACAAGAUAGGAUGGGUGACGGUGUGCAGAAUGAGACCGUUUUCUACUCCAAGGCUGAAAACUACUGGAGAGAAGUGGCGCCCACCGUGGAUGGCAUGCUAGGAGGCUACGGCAAGAUCUCUAACAUUGACAUUGACGGCUCCAAGAAGUUCCUGCAGAAAUUCCUUGGCGGUGAAGGGAAGACCGGCAAUGGCUGCGCCCUGGACUGUGGCGCCGGAAUAGGGCGCAUCACCAAGCGACUGCUGCUGCCCCUCUUCAACACUGUGGACUUGGUGGACGUGACUCAGGAGUUCCUGGACCAGGCUAAGGUCUACCUGGGCGACGACAGCAAACGGGUGGAGAACUACUUCUGCCUCGGCCUGCAGGACUUUAUCCCACAGGACAGACGCUACGACGUCAUCUGGAUCCAGUGGGUCAUUGGCCACCUGACUGACGACCACCUGGUGGAGUUCCUGCACCGUUGCCGCGGUGGCCUCCGCCCUGAGGGACUAAUUGUCAUCAAGGACAACGUGGCCUAUGAGGGCGUGAUCCCCGACGAUGUCGACAGCAGCGUGUGCCGGGAACUGGCUCUGGUGAAGAGCCUGGUGACCCGGGCAGGCCUCACUAUCGUCUGUGAAGAGCAACAGAUGAACUUUCCUGACGAGAUCUACCAGGUCCACCAGCUGGCCCUCCGAUAGGGACAGAGAUGGAGGAUGGGUGCCAAUGCCAAAAUGCUGCUGCCCAUGCUCAAGCCAUGGGACCUUCAUGACAAGCUUCCUGUCCACUGAAAGUUGGACAGUCCAGCUUAGUGUGUAGGCGUGUUUAUCUAAUGGCGUAUAUAUGACCCACUCUGUGUGAAUACAUCAGGUAGAGGUUUUAUCGUCAGUGUAGUUUACUAAAGGAUAAUGGUGACUGAUUCUGGGAUCACCCUUAGGAAUUAUGGAUGUACUGUAUGGGGGCAGAUCAGGUAAGGCUCAGAAAUGCAAAUGCCACUCUGAGUCAAUUCUUUACUGGAGGACAUGAGUUACAGCACUUGAGUUCACAUAGGACAGGGAUGAGCAAUUCUUUUCAGGGCCAUGUUCCAUAGGGCACACAGUUUUGCAAUGGAAACUACACAAAAACAUAUUUGGUCAAGUUCACGUACCUUAUUGUAAAUGACCCAGGUUCUCACUUUUGUCACUGAAUGCUCAGAUCUGUUUUCCCAAGUCGGAAUUAGAUCGAGCAACAAAUCAGGAACAAAGUAUCCCAUCACUGGCAUAUAUCCCUCCACAUUACCCGUUUAUGUAAUUUAUUCACAGUACCAAGAAUACAUAGAUUGGCUGUUUGUAAGAUGUGGCAAAUACUGAUGAAAUUUAAGUACUGUAUGUUUCCCAUGAGUGUUCGAAUGUCAAAUAAACAACUUUUCAGGAAAUCUCA